AUGGGCGACAAGUUCGCUGCACCUCCAGGUUUUACUGCUUGGGGACCAUUUGUCCGCGACAAUUAUACUCCCAUACUUGUGACCCGCACCGAUAUAGCCUUAGCAGCUGCAGCGUUUGGUUUGGCCAACUUCUUCGCCAUAACCGCAGCUUUCAUCGGCGUUAGACAGACAAAAUCAUGUCGGCGCCCAAAGACUAGCGCAUAUAUCUGGAUGAUCUGGCUGGAGAUUGCUGCCUCGGUGGCUAUCUCUAUCGAGUGUCUGUUGUAUUUGUUGAGGAUUAUAAGGCCUAGCUUUUACUUCUUCAUGUCUGUCUGCAAGUAUACCACGGCCCGAGCAUCUCUGCUUCCUCAAAUUAUCAUUAAUCGUAUUCGUAUCAUCCUCCAAGACCGGGUACGAGGACGACGUCUCAUAAUAGGCACCGCAAUCUAUGUGACUUUGAUCAAUAUCAGCGUUUUCAUAAUCUGGAUACCCGCACGACUUCAGAUCAGCCCAAGAUGGGUUCAUAUCAACGCUAUCUGGGACCGCACCGAAAAAGUGCUGUUUCUUCUCCUCGACGCGUAUCUUAAUUGGUACUUCAUCCGCGUUGUAAAUGCGGAUCUGGUCAAGAAUGGCCUGACCAAGUACAACCGCUUGGUCCGUUUUAACAAGCGUAUCAUCGUUGUCUCUCUCCUUCUAGACGUUAUGAUCAUUGGUGCGAUGAGUAUCCCGAACGGAUUUGUCUACGCUAUGUUUCACCCGCUCGCAUACUUAGUCAAGCUCAACAUCGAGAUGUCUAUGGCGCAUCUCAUCAAAACCAUCGCCUUGGGCCAUCCGCACCCUAACAAUGACCCUUCACUACUAUUGACCUUCUCAUCUUCACCUGGCGAAGACAUGUUCAGCACCAACAUCUUUGCAGAAGCGCCGCGGCAGCGACAUUCGCUCAUACGGGGUCUAUUUGGUAGCGAGCACAUCGUCUUUUCGCAAGAAGACGUUCGCACCAGGGUUCCUGGACAUAGUUCUACACGCAGUGCAUCAAUACCUGACUACGAACUGCCGCCUUGGAAAUCUAAAGUCGACAAGGAACCCGACAACGUCGCUAGCGAUAACCUCAGUGCUGGUGAAGGCAGGAAAAGCAGCAAUGCCUGUGAAAAUUGCUGGCGCUGGGACAGUGGCGUCUCAAGCAACACUAGAAAUCUGGAAGGGGUAGAUGAUAUCUCCACGCCAGAGGCCGCCCACCUACCUGCUCAUCGUCGUAUGUCAGAGCUAGGCUGA